UUCCUUUCCCUUCCCUUCCCACCCACAAUAAUCAGCUCACUGAGUGCAAGGUAGCGGAAUAGUAGCUCUCCCCAUCGCAACUUUUUUUGCGUCCCGAAGAAGAAAGUCCAGAAGAAGCGAAGCCCCCAAAUUAAGAGGAAUAAAGAGAAAUGCGCAUCAACGGGCUAAACUACUGUGCAUGCGAGGACUGUACGCUGGAAAGUGAAUAUUUCUGACAGAAAAACAGCGCGGGCCAUUGUCACUAAUUCGACGGACACGCUUCAAACAUUUAAAUUAUGACCGGCCUGAUUUAUUUCUUAUUCUGCAUUUCAGGAUCAGGUGCAGUUAUGGACUUGACAUUAAUAUCCAAUACAGGAGCUUCCUCAGUCUCAAAAUUCUUCCUGACCUGCAUAUCAGGAGAGCGUGACCCUGAGCUGGUCGAGCUUCAAAUUAAAAGGGACAACAGCAUCGUCCAGCUGACUUCGCUGCCCACAUAUAAAACAGAGCGGUCCCGUCCGCAGGAGAUCAAAGUAAACGAGUUCCACAACUUGAACAAGCAAGGCAUCUUCUACUGCAUCGCUCAGAAGGACCAGAAGUGGCUCACAACCGUCACACUCAUCAGCAACUUUGAGAAAGAACAAUUUCAUCCAAGUCAGCUUACAGUAACAGCCAGCCCUGGAGAUACAGUCAAUCUGGUCAUGCGUGUUCUAGCCCCCCAAAAGAGAGAUGUGACAUGGAAAUAUAAUGGAAACUUUUACUAUACUACACACUGGACUGAGUUUACGAACAACACGGCCACCUUGCUUAUAGAGGGACUGACGAAAGGCCAUGAAGGCGUCUACAGUGCCAACUACAUGGGAGACAGCCCCCUGUAUGGCACUUACAUGAGGCUUAUCGUUAGAGCAUGCAGAGAUAAGAAGUGGGGUCGUAAUUGUGACCAGGACUGUCCCAACUGCCUGAACGGAGGCGUUUGUCAUGACAUCGAGGGUGUCUGCAUCUGUCCACCAGGCUUCAUGGGAACACACUGUGAAACCGCUUGCAGAGAGGGAAUGUUCAGCCAGAACUGCCAGGAAUCCUGCCAGUCAGAGCAGAACUGCAAAGGAUUGACCUUCUGCCUCUCUGAUCCUUUUGGCUGCACCUGUGCCAGCGGGUGGCAUGGAGCUCAUUGCACCAGACCUUGUGGCAAAGACACGUAUGGCGCUGGUUGCAAGUUACACUGCAGGUGCAAGAACAACGGAGUCUGUGACCGAUUCAGCGGGUGCCAGUGUCCUGCCGGCUGGCGGGGACGCAACUGCGAGAAAUCAGACCAUGCACCCCAGAUCCUGGACAUGGAGAGCAGUCUCGAGUGGAACCGCAAUUCCAGCCCGAAGAUCCUGUGCUCUGCCAAGGGCACCCCCUUGCCAAGCCACACCAGCAUCGAGCUCCGCAAAAUGGACGGCACCAUUCUGAAGGCCUCCCAUACGACGAUGGAUUCCAACAAGAGCACGGCCCAAUUUGAGAUUCCACAUCUAUCCUUGGAGCAUGGGGGGGUUUGGGAAUGUCGUGUUGCCACCAAUGGGGGGCAGGACAGUCGCAAAUUCAACCUGACCGUCAAAGAGCCUCCCUGUCCCCUGACGCCUCCAAAACUAUUGGAAAAGAGGAGCAAACAGCUGAUUGUCAAUCCUGUGGUCACUUACAAAGGCGAUGGGCCAAUUGUCUCCACCAAGCUCCUCUACAAACCAAUGGAAGCUGAAGUUUCUUGGUCUUCCAUCAUAGUUUAUGGCAUGGAGCCCAUCACUUUAAUGAACCUGAAGCCGUCCACCAGGUACUUCGUUAAGCUCCAGCUCACGCGACCUGGGGAGGGAGGAGAAGGUCCUCCGGGACCUGAAGCGGUCAUGGAAACGGACUGCCCAGAACCCACAGUGAGGCCGGAGAUCGAUUCCAGCUCACAGGAGGGCCAUAACGUCACAGUCCGCUGGUCAUCUCCCAGAAGCUCUGACGUGGCCACUGGCUUUUUGGUCGAGCUCUACGGACCCCAGGAUGUAAAGCUGGCCAAUGAGCACACCCUGCUUAACGUGCACUCCACCAAGUUCUACAACCUGGAGUACUACCGGGACUACCAAGUUAUCGUCAGACUGGUCAACUGUGGCAGCUUUGGUCCAGCCUCGAAACCCCUCUCCAUCCGACUCAACAGCCUGGGACCAUCACCCCCCAGGAAUGUGCAAGCCACCCCCAUCUCCAGCACCACUGUUCUGCUAAAAUGGCAGCCACCGGAGGACCCCAACGGCGGCAUCAUCAAGUACAUUAUUGAAUACCUCCCUGUGGGCCAGGAGAGUCUGAUCCCGUGGGUGGAUACGGACGAUGGCAACAAGACCAUCAAGCACGUGAUGGAGCUCAACAGCAGCACGCUCUACCAGUUCCGGGUGCGAGCCGUCUCCAAGGUGCUGGGCGAGUGGAGCAAAUUUGUCCUGACAUCAACAUACGGGGAUGGCUCACCCAGCUUCCCCCCAACUAUGCAGGGUGUGGGAGGACGGCCAGGGAAGGACGACUACCAGCUCCUGGUGGCCGUCGUGGGCUCCGUGACAGUCACCUGCGUGACCAUCCUGGUGGCCCUGCUGGGACUCUUCUGCAUACGGAAGCUCGUGUUCAGUCGGCGCAAAACCUUCACCUACCAGUCUGGAUCCGGAGAGGAGACCAUUCUGCAGUUCAACUCUGGGACACUGACGUUGACCCGCCGGCCCAAGCCGCAACCAGAACCGCUGACCUACCCCAUCCUAGAGUGGGAGGACAUCAAGUUCGAGGAUGUCAUCGGGGAGGGCAAUUUCGGGCAGGUCAUAAAAGCCAUGAUCAAGAAGGACGGCAGCAAGAUGAGCGCGGCCAUUAAAAUGCUGAAGGAGUUUGCGUCAGAGAAUGACCAUAGAGAUUUUGCGGGUGAAUUGGAGGUUCUCUGCAAGCUGGGCCAGCACCCCAACAUCAUAAACCUGAUCGGGGCCUGCGAGAACCGCGGGUAUCUCUACAUCGCCAUUGAAUACGCACCCUACGGGAAUCUGCUGGACUUUUUGAGAAAGAGCAGAGUCCUCGAGACAGACCCCGCCUUCGCCAAGGAGCACUGCACAGCAUCCACAUUGACCUCGCAGCAGUUGCUGCAGUUUGCCGUCGACGUGGCCACCGGCAUGCAUUACCUCAGUGACAAACAGUUUAUUCACAGAGAUUUGGCGGCCAGGAACGUGCUGGUGGGAGAGAACCUCAUGGCUAAGAUCGCUGAUUUUGGGCUGUCCAGGGGAGAGGAGGUGUACGUGAAGAAGACCAUGGGAAGGUUACCUGUACGAUGGAUGGCAAUCGAAUCAUUGAAUUACAGCGUCUACACCACCAAGAGUGACGUGUGGUCCUUUGGCGUGCUUCUUUGGGAGAUUGUAAGUUUAGGAGGGACCCCAUAUUGUGGGAUGACCUGCGCUGAACUUUACGAAAAGUUGCCUCAGGGCUACAGGAUGGAGCAGCCCAAGAACUGCGAUGAUGAAGUGUAUGAGCUAAUGAGACAGUGCUGGAGGGAUCGGCCCUAUGAGAGACCCCCUUUCACCCAGAUUUCCGUGCAGCUCAACAGAAUGCAGGAGGCCAGAAAGGCGUACGUCAACAUGGCGCUGUUUGAGAACUUCACCUACGCUGGAAUAGAUGCCACUGCGGAGGAAGCCUGACUACCAGCCCACCCGGACCCUGGAAGCCUUGGUAGCUGUAUCACCUCAGACCGUUACUGUCUUCCACCUGAAGAUCACCGCACCGACGGACUAAGGAUAUCGCUUGGGGCACAAAGACUGUAGCUGAAACACUGGGAAAGGACACUGAGGGGAAUGUCCAGAUAGAAAAGCUGUGAGUUCCCAGAGCCAACAAAAGGUGCUCUGGUGGUUAUUGCCGAGCUUCUACGCCUCCAUAAAUGAGCGUUGGCUCUUCUCACCAGACGUGAGGAUGGAUUUAAGAGUGACUAAUGCUACUUCGUCACGCCGGGUCCGUGGUGUGUAUCUCGUAGCCUUUGUUUUGCUGUUUUUCUGUCGUAAAAAAAAAAGUGCCAAAAAGAGAGAUGCAAAGCGAAGUCAUACAAGUGAAAUGAAAUGUAAAUGUUUUCUUGCAUUUAUAAUUAAUCAACAUAACUUGCUGAUAUGAAAACCAGUUUUAUCAAAUCUGUAAAGCACUUCAUUAUGAGUCUUUAAAAUGGAAUAUUUUCCGUGCAAAUAACCGUGAUUUAUUUUUCGAUGUUGAUUUGACCUGGUUAUUUCUUUACAUGUCACUAUCAGCAAAUAUCUAUUUGUUGUUAUCAAGUGAAAAUGUACAAAUUUGUGUAUUCCUCAUUUUUUUUAAGUAAAGUGUCUCUGUGAUGACUACAUUUACCCAAAAA